UAUCAGCAUAAUUAGUGUAGCACAAAAUACUUUUAGUAGUAAAUAGUAUUUUUGACUUCCUUUUGUAAUUAAUUUUUGGCAACACAACAGUAUUUUAGGUACUUCGAAGUCUGUUGUCAUUCAAUCCUGCUUCGGAUGUGCCCUAUCGUAUACACUCGGUUUUUUUCGUUAGUUUCCGUUUGGUCUCCUCCCUGUGUUUUGGUUGUAAAGAGAGCCAUUUUCCGAUCGAGUUUUUUUUUUUUUUUUCUUGAUCGUUUGGAAUUAGCUGCAGCUUUUGUGAAACACUGCGGGUUUUGCAUGAUAAGGUUCCGACCAUCCUGGUGGUGCUGGAACGAUCAGACUACACCGGCCGGAUUCGCUCGGACACGUUCGGCCUAUCCCGGCUCUGGACGAACGAAAUGGAUGAGUCUGAAUCGGCAACGAAGGGACUCGGCUUGGAGGAGGCGCCCGAUUCAGUUGCUUUUGUGCCGGGGGAGGGGGAGAACGAGAAUACCGAGUCGGAGGCCGAAGUUACAACGAUGACGGUAAUGGGGGAACCGGAGCACAUCGACAUUGCAACCGAGUCCAUGCCGAACCCAGACGAAACUGCAUUCGCAGAAGUUACUACAGUGACUGUCGCAAGUGUACCAGGAACUGAAGACAGUGUAUUUACAACGUCUGUCGCCAAUGCUACAUCCAUUUCGGAACAUGUCCUUACUGGAAGAACCACCCUUCAGAUCGGAGACAGCUUGAACACCCAGAAAGCGACUCUGAUUGUGGUGCACACAGAUGGCAGCGUUGUGGACACUACAGGGCUAAAGGGGCCUGUCGCACCAAUUAUCCCAGGUCCACAGAGGUUGUCAACUCCAUUAACUCCUGGUCCAGGCAAAGAUGGAACCAAGUACAACUGGGACCCUUCUGUAUUUGAUAAUGAACUGCCUGUCCGCUGCAGAAACACCACUGGGAUGCUGUAUAAAAACAGACUUGGCUCUGGUGGGAAAGGACGCUGUAUUAAGCAUGGCGGUAACUGGUACACCCCCACCGAGUUUGAAGGCAUGUCAGGGCGAGCCAGUAGCAAGGACUGGAAAAGGAGCAUCCGAUAUGCUGGGAGACCAGUACAGUGUCUGAUCCAGGAAGGCAUCCUAAACCCCCAUGCUGCCUCCUGUACAUGUGCAGCCUGCUGUGAUGACCUGUCAUUGUGCCACAAAAAUGGGGACGGGGCAUCUGUCAGAGGGGAGAACAUACAUCUGACUGGCCCAGUAAGGCUUUUCGUGCCCUAUAAAAGACGCAAGAAGGAUAACGAACAGCCCACUAUGCCAGAGAAGAAGGGCUCUCAGUCAUCUAAAAACAUCACACUGCUACCUGCCUCAGACGGGAUGACCUUUACAGUAUCACCAUCUGGGCAAAUCACUACCUCUGGCACCUUGACCUUCAGUCGCUCAACGACAGGUGAAACCACUACCGUCCUUUCUGAGAGUCCAGCUCAGACGGGUGUUUUCACUGGAACAACUGUGCUGACAUCUCUUCCGGCUCUGGCAGUGAAUCCUUCUAUCCUGUCCAAGGUAGUGUCACCCAGCUUAGUGAAUGGGCUGGAAGUGACUGAGCAGAGAAACUGGCUGUAUCUGGAAGAGAUGGCCAACACCCUGAUCAACAUGGCCCAGCAGCUCAAGACUCUCAUUGAACAAGCCAAGCAAUCCAGCCUGGCGUCCCGGGAAGCUACUCUCAUGCAGGCCAAGUGUGAUUCAGAAAGGAAAGAUCCCUUUCAGAAUCAAAUCUCAUUUCAACACACAGAAGAUGCAGAUGGGAAAACGGAAAUCAUUAUUAAGCAAAUGUGUGUUAACUGUGGUCGAGAAGCAAUGAAUGAGUGUACCGGCUGCCACAAGGUCAAUUACUGCUCAACUUUUUGCCAGCGCAAGUAGAUUGAACUUUAUGUUGAGUUUCUCGCUGUUUGAGCUCACCAGACACCUGGCCGUUUGAGUGAGAAAUGUGAUGAGAAAACAGUUCCUGAUGAUUCGAUUUCUCUAACCCGCAGCAGCGCCAGUCAAUGUGGGAUCCCCAUCGAAGAUCUGCAACUUCACACAGCCAGGACACUAAUCUUCGAUCCUGUUAAGAGGCUAAAAUGUGUUUUGGAACAUGGGAAUUAACUCUAGGUUUUAAAAACGGUGAAGAAAGGUUAUUAAGAUCAAUGGUUCAUUCACCAUUUUGUCAAUGACAGAUUUCUAUCCUCAAAGGUUUCAAAUACAUUAUCAAAUGUUAACAUCCACCUUCUGGAAAUCACUCUUUAAAUGCAACAGAAAGCUAACCCCCUCCUCUCACUGACAAAUAUAGGAUACGUGAAAAUUGUGUGUUAUUGACAGGAGCAACUUUAAAUCUGGAAAAUUGAGAAGACUGAUCAAACACAAUCCUGGAAAGCUCAAAGUAAAGUAAAGAGCAACAUUGUUGCAAUUGUUGUAAAAACAUUUUAAUUUUGCAGCAGUCAUGAUGGGGAUCCAAAUAAAGUAUAAGGGGGGCGUCAAAUUCAGAAUUCCUUUAAGAAGUAUGUAAGUUUUUCAAUGGCGACCGCAGGCACAUUGAAAUUGUGAGCAGGUUGAGCACAGAGCAGAAAGAGGGCAUGUCUCACCCUUGCUUGUCUGAGAUGCCUCAGACAUCCAGCCAGUCUUUUGCAUUAAUAUUUAGGGUCUACUAAAUGAAAUCAGAUAUAGGAUUCACGUGUGUAUCUAAAUAAUUCAUAGAGCUAUAAAUCAAAUUACUUCUCUCCUAAUAAUAAAUGAUUUUGAUUUUUGGAUGCAAAAGCAUUGCUAAGUGUAGGUCUACAAAAUUAAUAAUCCCAUCUAUAUAAUGUGCCUGGAGCGAUGUCUCUUGAGACUUCUAAGGGAAACAAUUGUGGUCUGAAAAUAAAAUGUGCAGGGCACAAAUUGUUAAAACUCAAUACAUUCAUGACAUAUGUUGGUGGAUUCCAUAAUAGAGAAAAUGUGUGCUUCAAUGUUAGGAUUUUGUUCCAUCUGCCAGAAGUGCCAGAAGGGUGUUCCAUCUUUUCCAACACUUUUUAUUAACAAUAUGCAAAUUAGCACAACUCUAGAUUCCUAACUUCCUCAAACCUGGCUUGAUAUAAAACAGCUGUUGUGCUGCUAAGUCAGAAAUUAAUCAAACAA